AUGAAUUAUCCGCGAAAAAAAAUCUGCCUAUCAUUGGUCUUGAGGGCCAAGGAAGAACGUCGCAACAGAUUCGGCGUAAAUUCCUUGGACUAUGAUCCUUAUCAAAAAAGACUGUACACUGCUGGCCGGGACUCUGUAAUCCGUGUAUGGGACACAAAGCGCCAAUCAGUAAGUGAAGAUCCUUAUAUCCAAAGCAUGGAACACCAUGCUGAUUGGGUAAAUGACAUUGUUUUGUGUUGUGAUGGGGAGUACCUCAUAUCUGCAUCUAAUGACACGACUGUCAAGGUUUGGAACGCCCGAACUGGAUUUUGCAUGUCGACUCUUCCCACACACAAGGACUACGUUCUCGUGCUGGCCUAUGCACAGCACAGGGAAGAAGUGGCAAGUGCCGGGUUAGAUCACGCCAUAUUCCUCUGGGAUGUCAACACUUUGCGAAACUUGACACCGAAAAACAACACAGAUAGCAUUUAUAGUCUGGCUAUGGACCCUGCCGGGUCAAUUCUUGUUGCUGGGAGUCCCGACAAACUUAUUCGCAUGUGGGAUCCGAGAACUUGUCAGCCUAUUGGCCAACUACACGGUCACACUGAUAAUGUCCGUGCUCUACUUAUUCGUCCAGAUACUCAGGAAAUAUUAUCUGGCAGCUCUGAUGGAACCAUCAAACAGUGGUCUGUGGGGAUGCGAAGAUGCACGGAAACUAUUCGUCGCCACACGGAAGGUGUUUGGACUCUGCAGACUAAUUCGUCUUGGACUGAGGUAUAUUCGUCUGGAAGGGAUAAAAAUAUAUUUGCAACUACCCUUCGUAAUACUGAUGAGUCUUUUCUUAUUGGCAGGGAAUCUGACCCUGUGUUGAAGGUACGUUGCCUUUCAGCAUUUCCUUAUAGUUUCUGUCAAUGGCGGGUGUUAUUGUCACCGAUUUUUUACAUUUUUAUGCGAAAUUGUCCCUUAGGUGGUUACCCCAUUGUUCAGUACCACAUUUGCAGCGAGAAGCGGUUCAUCGUCACCCGCGACGCCAACAAUCACGUCAGUAUCUACGACGUGUUGCAGGCGAAGAUCGUUCAGAAUUUGGGUGUCGUGGAUUUCGAAAACGUUGUUAAAGAGCGCGAGAAGUUCAUCUACGUCCCUAAUUGGUUUUCGGUUGAUCUGCGCUGUGGCUUUCCCAUCAUUCACCUGGACAGUGCCGAUGCACUUUCCGCUCACGUCACACUGAAGGACGCCGGUUUCACAAACCCCGACGAUUCUUUCGACCAGAAAAUCAACUACGGUCAACUGCUGCUUCAGGCAAUUUUCGAAAGCUGGCCGAAAACCCAACUCUGUGGUGAUGAUCACUCAAAUAUGGCACGGGGAUAUGUCUCACUUGAGGCGGCGGCUGCUGCGGGCGGCGGGGCUCCGGAGACACGCGACUCCGCGGCCACGCAGUUCAUGGCGACUAACGUGACCUUCGUGCCCGCACAGGCCCCGCCCGGCACCACGCUGAUGGACCUCACGGCGGUCGCGAACGCCGCCUUCAAGGCCACCUCCACCCCCGAGGACAUCAUCCAGAUCUGGUGUGGAGACCACGUGCGUUCCCCCCGCCCUGUUUUUGUGCUUGAUUUUCGGUGUCUCUGGAGUAAUACCUGUGCCCGCUGUGUCUUUCAGCUGCUCGACCCGGACAUGAAUCUGCGGACUGUGCGCCACUUCUACUGGAAGCAGCCGGGCGAACUCGUUCUCACCUACUCCAUCAUCAAGGAGCCGCUGUGA